CCGCUCCUCGCGGAGCCGCAGUGUAGGGUGGGGGGACACGCGGCUCGGGCCGGGGUUGCUCCGGGGUCACGAUGUUGUGUAAGGGGCUGUCGGGGGGCCUCGCAGCCCGGGCCGCGGCUCUGCUGCCAGGGCGCGCGCGCCUGCGACGCCUCGGGGCUGGGCUCCGAGGGGUCAGCACCAGCUGGUCUCCGGUGGGUGCCGCCUUCAAUGUUAAGCCCCAGGGCCGCCGACUGGACCUGUUUGGAGAGCGCCGGGGUCUUUUUGGAGUUCCUGAGCUCAGCGCCCCAGAAGGCUUCCGCGUCGCGCAAGAAAACGCCCUCAGAAAGACAGACUUGCUGGUGGAGCGCGCGUGCUCUACGCCGCCGGGGCCCCAGACGGUGCUCCUCUUCGACGAGCUCUCGGACGCCUUGUGCCGGGUGGCGGACUUGGCUGAUUUUGUGAAAAUUGCUCACCCUGAACCAGCAUUCAGAGAGGCGGCGGAAGAAGCUUGUAGAAGUAUUGGCACCAUGGUAGAAAAGUUGAACACAAAUGUGGAAUUAUAUCAAAGUUUGCAGAAAUUACUAGCCGAUAAAAAGCUGAUGGACUCCCUUGAUCCAGAAACCAGGCGCGUGGCUGAACUCUUUAUGUUUGAUUUUGAAAUCAGUGGAAUCCAUCUAGACAAAGAAAAGCGCAAAAGAGCGGUGGACCUGAAUGUUAGAAUCUUGGACCUGAGCAGCACAUUUCUUGCGGGAGCCAACUUUCCCACCAAGAUAGAGAAGCAUCUCUUGCCAGAGCACAUCCACAAGCACUUUGUUCUUGCCGGGGAUCACAUCAUAGUUGACGGUCUGCAUGCGGAGGCACCAGAUGACUUGGUGCGAGAAGCUGCUUAUAAAAUUUUUCUUUACCCCAAUGCCAGUCAGCUGAGGUGUUUAGAGGAGCUGCUCAGCAACAGGGACCGCCUGGCUAAGCUGGUGGGGUACGCCACGUACUCACACCGAGCUCUCCAAGGGACAAUAGCCAAAAAUCCAGAGACUGUCAUGGAGUUCCUUGAGAAACUGUCUGACAAACUUUCGGAAAGAACUAUAAAAGAUUUCGAGAUGAUGCGAAGGAUGAAAAUGAAACUAAAUCCUCAAAAUUCUGAACUAAUGCCUUGGGAUGCCCCCUACUACAGUGGUGUGCUCCGUGCCGAAAGGUAUAACAUCGAGCCCAGUUUAUACUGCCCGUUCUUCUCCCUUGGAGCGUGCAUGGAAGGCCUGAAUGUUUUGUUUAACAGACUGUUCGGGAUUUCACUGUACGCGGAGCAGCCCGCCAAGGGAGAGGUGUGGUGUGAAGACGUUCGGAAGCUGGCUGUGGUGCACGAAUCCGAGGGACUGUUGGGGCACAUCUACUGCGAUUUUUUUCAGCGAGCAGGCAAGCCGCACCAGGAUUGCCACUUUACCAUCCGUGGCGGCAGGUUAAAGGAAGACGGGGACUAUCAGCUCCCAGUCGUGGUUCUCAUGCUGAGCCUCCCCCAGUCCUCGAGGAACUUACCGACUCUGCUAACGCCGGGCAUGAUGGAAAACCUCUUCCACGAGAUGGGCCACGCCAUGCACUCCAUGCUGGGGCGGACCCGUUACCAGCACAUCACGGGGACCAGGUGCCCCACCGAUUUUGCGGAGGUUCCUUCGAUCCUGAUGGAGUACUUCGCAAAUGACUACCGGGUGGUGAACCAGUUUGCCAGGCAUCACCAGACGGGGCAGUCGAUGCCCAAAAACAUGGUGUCUCGUCUCUGUGAAUCUAAGAAGGUCUGUGCCGCAGCCGACAUGCAGCUUCAGGUCUUCUACGCCGCACUGGACCAGGUCUACCACGGGCAGCACCCGCUGAGCAAGUCCACGACGGCCCUCCUCCAGGAGACCCAGGAGAGGCUUUACGGCCUGCCCUACGUCCCCAGCACGGCCUGGCAGCUGCGGUUCAGCCACCUCGUGGGCUACGGUGCCAAGUACUACUCUUACCUGAUGUCCAGGGCUGUGGCUUCCAUGGUGUGGAAGGAGUGUUUCCUCCAGGAUCCUUUCGACAGGGCGACGGGGGAGCGGUACCGGCGGGAGAUGCUGGCCCACGGCGGCGGCCGGGAGCCCAUGCUGCUGGUGCAAGGAAUGCUGCAGAAGCGUCCUUCUGUGGAUGACUUUGUGAGUGCCCUCGUCUCCGACUUGGACCCAGACUUCGAAACUUUCCUCAUGGAUUCCGAGUGACGGAAAUACCUCGAAUCUUCUAAAUCAGAGGCAUAUGGAUGUUAACUUUAUUGUAAAUGAUGCAGCUGUUAACACUUGUUUCUGAUUUCAGUGUUCACUUCUGUAAUAACUUCUGAAAAACCUUAAACGGAUGGAA